AUGGCUCAUCACCGAGCCAACAGUCGCAGCGUCGCCAACGGAGAUUGGCGCAACGCCGGACCGAACAAGGAAGCGGUCCUCGACUUGGCUUCCGCUCAGGCUCAACUCCAGAUGUUAUCCAACUUCCGAUCCAACCAGAUCGGUGGAGGAGGCCAUUCCAAGAUGGCUUCGUUCAGCUUCCCCAACAUGCUGCCCAAUCUCAUGAUGGCCAGUACGAUGGGUCCGGCCACCCAGUCGAUCGUCCAGCAACAGCAAGCUUUCCAGAUGCAGCUCCAGCAGCAUCAAGGUCCAGGACCUCAGCGAAAGUCGCUCUUUGCGCCUUACCUGCCGCAGGGCUCUCUCCCGGCUCUUCUCGCUGCCGGCAAGCUUGUCGUCGGUGUGCUUCGAGUCAACAAGCGGAACAGAUCUGACGCUUACGUAGCUACCGAUGUGUUGGAUGCCGACAUCUACAUUUGCGGUUCCAAGGAUCGAAACCGUGCGUUGGAAGGAGAUAUCGUCGCCGUCGAAUUGCUCGAUGUGGACGAGGUCUGGGGGUCCAAGAAGGAAAAGGAAGAAAAGAAGCGAAAGAAGGAAGAGAAUUCCGCCUACGAUCAAGGCAUCAACAAGGCCAACGCCCGAAAGAAUGACAAGAAGAAGGACGACGUCGAAGUCGAAGGUCAGGGUAUGGUUCUGUUCGACGAUGAAGAGGUUACCGAUGAGCAAAGGCCCACGUAUGCCGGUCACGUCGUUGCCGUCGUCGAGCGAAUGACUGGACAGCUCUUUUCCGGUCAGCUGGGCGUCCUUCGACCUUCGUCUGCUGCGACCAAGGAGAAGCAGGACGCCGAACGUCGAGAGCGAGGAGGUGACGACGCCGAAGUCGAGAACCACUCUCGAAAGAACAACGACCGUCCCAAGAUCGUCUGGUUCAAGCCGACCGACAAGCGAGUGCCGUUGAUCGCUAUUCCCACGGAACAAGCUCCGAAAGACUUCAUCGACAAACCCGAUGCCUACGCAGACAGACUGUUUGUUGCCACUAUCAAGCGAUGGCCGAUCACCUCACUGCAUCCUUUCGGAGCGCUGGUCGACGAACUGGGAUCCAUCGGAGAUCUCGAGACCGAAACUGCUGCAUUGUUGAAAGACUGCAACUUCCCUACCGAGGAGUUCCAGGAAGCUACCAUGAGGUGCCUACCUCCUGUACCCUGGUCCAUCCCGGAGAGAGAGUACGAAGUCCGACGUGACAUGCGCGAGGAACGAGUGUUCACCAUCGAUCCGGCUACCGCCAAGGACCUUGAUGACGCUCUUUCGAUCAAGAAGAAGGAGGACGGUACUUACGAAGUUGGAGUUCACAUCGCCGAUGUUUCGCACUUUGUUCGACCGAACACUGCCCUGGAUAGGGAUGCUCGCAAACGUGCGACUAGCGUCUACCUGGUCCAGCGAGCGGUACCCAUGCUUCCGCCUUUGCUCUCUGAGCAGCUCUGCAGUCUCGUUCCGGGAGUUGAACGGUUGACGUUCUCGGUAUUCUUCAACCUCGACAAGGAUGGCAACGUGAUUAGCAAGGAAUUUGCCAAGACGAUCAUCAAGUCGUGUGCGAAGCUUGCUUACGACGAUGCUCAAAGGGUACUCGACGGCGGCAAACUCGACAAGGAAGUCGAAGAGGGCCAUGACGUCUCCGCUAUCGAGGAAGACAUCAAGGCGCUCAACGAUAUCGCUGGCAAGAUUCGAGAUCGACGAUUCAAGGACGGUGCCCUCAAGAUCGAUCAACCCAAAUUGGCAUUCGUAUUGGAUGAAUCUGGCAAGCCUCGAGACGUUCGCCCUUACGUUCGCAAGGCUUCGAACGAUUUGAUCGAGGAGUACAUGCUUCUGGCGAACAUGGCGGUUGCGGCUGUGAUCGCUAACGGCCUGCCCGAGCAAGCGCUCCUGCGACGUCACGAGGCACCUAUCAAUCGACGGGUCGAAGCUUUCAUCGAUCGAGCGAAGCGUCUCGGCUUCGAAUUUGCGGGUGUCGGGUCGAGCGAGAUGCAAGCUGGUUUCGAGAACGUGGAAGACUUCGGUGACAAGCUCUGUCUCCAGAUCUUGGCCACUCGGGCUAUGACUAGGGCGAAAUACUUCUGCGCUGGAAUGCUCGACAUUGCCAAAUAUGGCCACUUUGCCCUGAACGCGCCCGUUUACACUCACUUUACCAGUCCUAUUCGUCGAUAUGCGGACAUUCUGGUCCAUCGAAUGCUCGAAGCAUCGAUCAACAACGUUCCCGAAGCCAAAUUCGUCAUGGACCGCGAUCAAGUCGCAAAGUGCGCUCAACACUGCAACGCCAAGCGGGAUGCUGCCAAGAUUGCCCAAGAGCAAUCAGACCACCUUCACUUGUGCUACCUCAUCGACGAUCUCACAAAGAAGUAUGGACCUGUUGUUCGAGAUGCGAAGAUUGUGGGCGUACUAGACAGCGCUUUCGACGUGGUUGUGCCUGAAUUCCGAAUCGAGAAGCGCGUGCACGCCGACAAGAUGCCGCUCCUGAAUCACGUUUAUGACGAGCACAAACGAAACCUCUCGCUUUACUGGGACACGAAAGACGUUCUCUCGUACCUUGCUGCCGAGACCGAUGACGAAUACAUCAAGAAGGUGCUCGCUCAGGGCAAAGCUCGCACUGCUACUGACGAGGAUGCCAAAGCUUCCAUCCAGGGCUCCAAAUCGGUCAACAAGGAGCCUCUCAAGUUUGAGAACGUGAAGACUACUCCUGGAGGUCAUCGUAUCCAGGUCAUCGAGGAGUUGCAGACCGUUCCGGUCAUGAUCGUUGCCGACGUUACCAAGUCGCCACCCGUGAUCCAAUGUUUGGCUGUCUCGCCUUUCGCUUCAGGCCAGGAAUAG